GGAUCGACUGGGGGCAGUGUGCCUCCGCAGCGGGACGAAGAGGUUGCCGGCCGCACCUGUUUCCCUCGAGACUUGAAUCCAAAUCCGGGCAAGACGCUAAGCCUCGGAGCCAGCCUCGUGGCGGGGUCCGGGAGGGAUCCCACCUGUGCCGAAGCCUUCUGGAAAAUGCCCCACAAAGAGGAGGAACACCACGUAGCCGCUAGUACGAUAUUUGGAUGCUCUGCUGCAGGCCACAGCGGCAUCAACCAGCUGGGAGGGGUCUACGUCAAUGGUCGCCCUUUGCCUGACAGCACCCGGCAGAAGAUCGUGGAGUUGGCGCACUCCGGCGCCAGGCCGUGCGACAUUUCCCGCAUCCUCCAAGUCUCCAACGGCUGCGUCUCCAAGAUCCUCGGCAGGUAUUAUGAGACCGGUUCGAUCAAACCGCGGGCGAUAGGCGGCUCGAAACCACGAGUUGCCACGUCGAACGUUGUGAACAAGAUAGCCGACUACAAGAGGGAGUGCCCCUCAAUUUUUGCGUGGGAAAUCCGUGAUCGUCUGCUGUCCGAGGGCGUCUGCACCAACGACAACAUCCCUAGUGUGUCUUCCAUAAAUCGGGUGCUAAGAAACCUCGCAGCUCAGAAGGAGCAGCAGGUGACCGCGCAGAACGAGUCUGUGUACGACAAGCUGCGGAUGUUCAACGGGCAAGGCCCCCCGUGGCCUUGGUACCCCGGCACCCCACCCACGCCUCAUCUCAACCUCCCGCCGAACCCCACAGCCGCUACCAUUCUGCCCGGAGGUCCGGUCACCAGAGACGAGAUGCAGAAGAGAGCGGGAGACGUUGUUCACGAGAACACUUCCGACGGCAACUCGGAGCACAACUCCUCAGCCGACGAGGACUCGCAGAUGCGUCUUCGACUGAAACGGAAGUUGCAGAGGAACAGAACGUCGUUCACCAACGAGCAAAUCGACAGCCUCGAGAAAGAGUUCGAACGCACUCACUACCCAGACGUCUUUGCGCGAGAGAGACUGGCUGAGAAAAUUGGUCUCCCUGAAGCGCGAAUUCAGGUUUGGUUCAGCAAUCGAAGGGCAAAAUGGCGUCGAGAGGAAAAACUGCGCAAUCAGCGACGCGUGGUGGAGCAGGUGGGGGUGAGCCCCCCGGCGCCUACGAGUCGCCUGCCAAUCAACUCGGGCUUCAACUCGAUGUACACGUCGAUCCCCCAACCGAUAGCCACCAUGGCCGACACGUACAGCUCCAUGACCAACAGCCUGAGCAAUAUGAGCGUUUCGGGGAGCUGUCUGCAGCAGCGGGAACACAGCAGUUACCCCUACAUGUUCCACGACCCGCUGCACUCACUCAGUUCCACUUACAAC